AUGUCCAGGCCCGUCGACAACCGCAAGCAGAUCAGCAAUGCGCUUUCGGCGUUGGACAAAUCGAAGAAGCCCGAGCCUCAGAGGGGCGAUCUUUCCUUGUACGUGACUGACGAUGGUGAAGAGCUACGCACCACGGAGAGGGUGGUCAAGCUGGUGCCAGCUCCGGCAACGUUCAAGCCUUCGGAUGAGGACGUGUUUUUGCCCAACGGCUUACCCAACUGUGCAUUUUUGAAAGAUCACUUCUUCAACGAGGGCAGACUCCAGCAUCACCAGGCGUUGAAGAUUCUUCAUGCUGCUACUGAUCUUUUGAGCAGCGAACCCAACAUGUUGAACGUGGCGGCGCCUGUCACCGUGUGUGGUGAUAUUCACGGCCAGUACUACGAUCUCAUGAAGCUCUUUGAAGUCGGCGGUGACCCAAAGACCACAAGGUACUUGUUCUUGGGUGACUAUGUGGACAGAGGCUCCUUUUCCAUCGAAUGCUUGCUUUACUUGUAUGCGCUCAAGUUGACGUAUCCUGACACCAUGUGGAUGCUUCGUGGUAACCACGAGUGCAAGCACUUGACGGACUAUUUCACGUUCAAGUCUGAAUGCUUGCACAAGUACUCGGAGCAGAUCUAUGAGGAGUGCUUGGCUUCCUUCAAUGCCUUGCCCCUCGCCGCUAUCAUGAACAAACAGUUCUUCUGUGUGCACGGUGGUAUUUCUCCUGAGCUUAAGCUGUUGGACGACUUGGCCCGUUUGGACAGAUUCAGAGAACCCCCCACCAGAGGUCUUAUGUGUGACUUGCUUUGGGCUGAUCCAAUCGAGGAUUACGACGAGGACAACAUCGAUCUGACUUUCAUGAGAAACACUGUUCGUGGGUGCUCCUACGCCUUCACGUACAAAGCCAGUUGCCAGUUCUUGGAACGCACAGGGCUUCUCUCCAUCAUCCGUGCCCACGAGGCUCAGGAUGCCGGUUACAGAAUGUACAAGAGAACCAAGACGAUGGGCUUUCCGUCGCUUUUAACGAUGUUCAGUGCCCCUAACUACUUGGACAAUUACAACAACAAGGCAGCAGUGCUAAAAUACGAGAACAAUGUGAUGAACAUCCGUCAAUUCAACUCCCUGCCUCACCCAUACUGGUUACCUCACUUCAUGGACGUUUUUACGUGGUCCCUCCCGUUUGUAGGUGAGAAGAUCACCGACAUGUUGGUUUCUAUCUUGAACAUCUGCACGGAGGAGGAGCUUGAAGAGACAACCCCAAUGGACGAAUUGGCCCAAGAGUCCCCUAUCAAAGCUACUGGACCACAGCUACCCGAGACUGCGACUGUGGCCAGAAACGACUCAUUGGAGGAAAAGAGACAAGCUUUGCGUAAUAAGGUGCUUGCAAUUGGCCGUGUUGCCAGAAUGUACCAGGUUUUGCGAGAGGAGGCCGAAAAUGUUGCCCACUUGAAGAGCUUGAACGAGGGCACACUUCCAAAGGGUUCGUUGCUGCAUGGACGUGAGGGCUUGGAAAAGACAAUUUCAGACUUUGAAAAGGCUAGAAAGGCCGACUUGGUGAAUGAGAAGUUGCCUCCAACGAGAGAGGAGAUGAAACAGAUAGAGGAGGAAAGGCAGGCAAAGAUCAAGAAGAAUAUCGAAAGCUCGAGCUCAUCAUCCCCAGUGUUUCAGCGUCUCAUGAGAAAGCUUUCAGGUUGA